CUCUCUCCCUCACUUGUGCUUUGACGGCCUCAAAAAACAGUUUGGCAGCCGAGAAAGUAAGCGAGAAAAUCUGAGAGAAUGAGCGGCGCAGGAAAGAAAAUCGCCGAUGUGGCAUUUAAAGCUGGGAAGACAAUUAAUUGGGAUGGGAUGGCGAAGGUGCUGGUUACUGAUGAAGCUCGCAAGGAGUUCGCCACACUUCGUCGCGCUUUCGAUGAAGUUAACUCCGCUCUCCAGACCAAGUUCAGCCAGGAACCUGAACCUAUUGACUGGGAGUAUUACAGAAAAGGAAUUGGAUAUCGCUUGGUGGAUAUGUACAAGGAGGCUUAUGAAAGCAUUGAGAUCCCUAAGUAUGUGGAUACGGUCACCCCUCAGUACAAGCCUAAAUUUGAUUCAUUGCUUGUCGAAUUGAAAGAAGCAGAGGAGAAAUCCCUGAAAGAGUCGGAACGGUUAGAGAAAGAAAUAGCCGAGGUUCAAGAAUUGAAGAAAAAGCUCAGCACCAUGACAGCAGAAGAGUACUUUGCAAAGCAUCCUGAGUUGAAGAAGAAGUUUGAUGAUGAAAUCCGGAAUGACUAUUGGGGCUACUAAUCACAAUUGCUUUAUGCUUAAUCACAGCUCAGCCAAUCCGGAAUCCAUGUUUUGCUGUUUGUUUCGUGAUAAUAAUUAUGAAUUUACUUUUUAAAAUGGGUUGCUCUGGAUCUGAAGAAUUGAGCUUUGAAUACAUUCUUGAUAAGAAUUUGGAUAUUUCAAUGAGCAAUGCAUGCAUACCUUUCACUUAUGGCA